ACAAAAUCCAUUCGCGCAACAUCCGACACCUGGGGUAUAUCUGUCUUCGCUUCGUGUCCCUCACAUUGCCACUCUACCAUCAUGGCGAACCCAAGAAUAGAAGAACUCCCCGAUGAGGAGCCCACCAAGAACACCACAGCAGAGGACGCAUCCAGCUCAUCCGAUUCCGAACCUGAAGCUGCCGGAGAAGGCGAGGCCACCAUCCCAGCUGGUUCUGCCGUCGCAGUCCACAGCCGAAACGAGAAGAAGGCACGAAAGGCCAUUGGCAAGUUGGGCUUGAAGCAUGUUCCAGGCAUCACACGAGUCACCUUGAGAAGACCGAAAGGAGUUCUCUUCGUCAUCUCUAACCCUGACGUCUACCGCUCCCCAACCAGCAACACCUGGAUCAUCUUCGGUGAAGCCAAGAUUGAAGAUCUCAACUCUCAGUCCCAGGCCGCCGCCGCUCAACAGCUCGCUGCCGCUGAAGCCGCCAGUGGCGAUCACGCUGGCCAUGAUCACUCCACCGAGAAUGGCAAGGGCAAAGAACCCGAGAAGAAGGCUGAAGAAGAGGAAGAUGACGACGAGGAAGUCGACGACAGCGGUCUGGAGGCCAAAGACAUCGAGCUCGUCAUGACGCAGGCAUCCGUGUCUCGAAAGAAGGCUGUCAAGGCUCUCAAAGAGAAUGGCAAUGACAUAGUCAACUCCAUUAUGGCGCUAAGUGUAUGAUCAAAAAGGCACACCAAAAGUUGAGAGUCUGCAUUGCCGGCAAAGGGACUGGGGUAGCGGUUGAUUACCGGUCUUUCACCAUGUCACGUUGCUUUGCGAACAACUUGCAUACUCAGAUAUGCCUGUAGAUGGGCCGAAAUACAGAAAUGCUUUGUGCUCAAAAUCCAUAUUCUUCGACCUUGGA